AUUGAGGCGUGCGACGCGAACGCCUGGUUUCUGCUCCACGCCUUUGAAGUAUGAAAAGGAAAGUAAAAUGUUUCCAGUACGGCGUCGAGCUGCAAGGCAAAACAACAUCAUUUGCUUGUUGACUGCUCCGCCCGCACUUCCCUCAAGUAGAGGCGAUCCGAUCUGAGAACCGUCGGUGGCGGAUCUGGACCAGAAGCGGCAUGGCCUGGGCCCGGCCAAGUGGAGCGAGCGCCUGAUGGUCUGUGCCUGCGGUGACCAGGAGAGGGAAGAGUACAACAUGUGGCGGUCCACGGGAGGGUUCUCUUUUCUAGGAUGGUUAGAGAUAACCUUGGUAAAGCCGUAGCACAGAAUGAAAAGCACAACCAUGCUCCUGAUGAGCCUGCGAGAACUCCUCAAGUCCACGGUCCAGAGAGCCAGGAGCAACAGAACCAGGCCGAGGGCACACCCGAUGGGCUCCAGUGGAGCAGGCUCUCGUGGGAGGAACUUGAAGCCGGGUGUCAGGCGGAGACUGGAGUGAACACCGCCAUCUUGCCCUCUCAUCUGCGACCUUUCCACAGCCAGGAAGAGUACAGGCUGGUGAGGCAGACUCGCCUGCAGCUGCUGCACAGUUCUUACUACUGGGGACCCUUGCCCAUGGCGGAGGCACACGAGACUUUGGCCCAUUCGUCACCAGGAACCUUCCUCAUCAGAGACAGCGGGCAGCCGGACGUCUUCUUCACGCUGAGCUACCAGAGCGCCGUGGGCCCAGUGAGCGUCCGUGUGAUGCUGGACAAGCUGCUCUUCUCUCUCUACGGAUGCCAAAGGACUUUCCCCUCGCUCUUCGCCCUGCUGGCGUAUUACACCAAGUUGACCCGCCCACACCGCAAGCAGCGGCCUGAGCUCCUCAAGCAGGUGUGCAGGCGGGCGCUGGUGCGGGCGUAUGGCGCAGACAACCUGAGGACCUUGCCCGGACUCAGCAUGGAGGUGAAAGACUACGUCCUGGACUAUCCUCAUGCUAUAUAAUAAACACGCAUUGACUCUUCUAAAUCCCAAACAUUUUUUUUUUUUUUUUUUUUUUUUUCCUGAAUUUAUGUAUUUUUUUGUUAUUUAAUUAGAUUGUAUUUUUACCCUAGGCAUUUAUGUUUGGUUUUUUUUUUGUUUGUUUUUUUCCAAUUCUUAUGCAUUUGUGUUGAAUAUUUGCACUCUGUUGUGAAAAUAAAGAAGAUAUUUACAGGUUUUUAAAGUGCUUACAAUCGCCACAAGAGAGCAGAAUAACACCAUAUUGGUCGCAUGAUAGGACGGCGGCGUUGUGCGCGUGCGCGUGCAUAUGCCAAAAUGACCAAUGAUUGUCCUUCCUCUUGUGCCUUUUUUUUUAUUGUCAUCACACUCAUCAGCAACAUUCAAUUUUAUUUGAAAGAAAUAUAAUUUAAAUGGAAAUUGUACAAAAAAAAUGUAUUGUUAACUUAUUUUAUUU